UGAAGCUCGGGGCCCAGCAACAGCUGCAAUGUCUCUCAACUACAUUAAAAACUUCUACGAAGGAUGUCUGCGGCCUCCGACGGUGAUUGGACAGUUCCACACUCUGUUCUUCGGGUCAGUGCGGAUGUUCUUCCUCGGAGUUCUGGGAUUUGCAGUUUAUGGGAAUGAAGCUCUGCACUUCAGCUGUGACCCAGACAGAAGAGAACUCAAUUUGUUCUGUUACAACCAGUUCAGACCAAUAACGCCACAGGUGUUCUGGGCUCUCCAGAUGGUGACUGUACUAGUUCCUGGAGCAGUGUUCCAUCUGUAUGCCGCCUGUAAGAACAUCGACCAGGAGGAGAUCCUGGAGAGACCGCUCUACACCGUCUUCUACAUCAUCUCUGUGCUUCUGCGCAUCAUCCUGGAGGUCAUUGCCUUCUGGCUCCAGAGCCACCUCUUCGGAUUCCAGGUGCACCCACUGUUCAUGUGUGACGCCAGCGCUCUGGAGAAGGCCUUUAACGUGACCAAAUGUAUGGUCCCUGAACACUUUGAAAAGACCAUCUUCCUCAGUGCCAUGUACACGUUCACCAUCAUCACCAUCAUUCUGUGUGUGGCAGAAAUAUUUGAGAUUCUGUGUCGGCGCCUCGGAUAUCUCAACUACCAAUGACACGUGUACGCUCUGAGGAACUGAGUCAUUGUGCCACUGGUGCUGCCAUUUUGAAUGGUCUGUAUGUGGGAGCCUAAAGUGGAGGUCCAUUGUGACUGAGGUGCACCCAUGAAUCCUGAAUGUUCCAGCUGGUGGGUAGUACUGACUGUCAGAGGGAGUGUAACCUCUUUAUAAUGAGUCAGA